ACAUGUUGAGUGUUGUACAGUUUUGAGAGAGAUAAGAAUCAGUAACUGAUGGCUAUGGCAAUUGAUCUAGAAAGCUCCUCGAAUGAUCUCACAGUUGUACUGUCUUCAAAGGAGAGAGACUUUCUAAUAUGUACAAACGGUGAACAGGUUACAUUGAGCAGCAUAACAGGAAAGAUUGUGGGCUUGUAUUUCUCCGGUUCAUGGUGUGGUCCACGUCGCCAGUUUACACCAAAGUUGGUGGAAGCUUACGAGAGUUUAUAUCCUAAAGAUGACUUUGAAAUAGUGUUCAUUUCAUCUGAUAAAGAUGACGAAUCGUUUAAUGAAUACUUUGUGAAAAUGCCGUGGCUUGCUGUUCCUUUUUCUGAUGCUGAGGCUAGAAAGAACUUAAAGCAGUUGUUCAAAGUAAGGGCAAUUCCACAUCUUGUGAUUCUUGAUGGGACAGGCAAAGUUUUGAGCAACGAUGGCGUUAAAUUUAUCAAGCACUUUGGUCCUGAAGCCUAUCCAUUUACAUCUGAAAGAAUUAAUUACUUGAGGCUGGAAGAAGAGAGGGCUAAGGAGAAUCAGUCUUUGAGGUCUCUUCUGGUCUAUGGAUCACGCGAUUUCUUGAUCUUGAAUGAAGAGAAAAAGAUUUUCGUGUCUGAGCUUGAAGGGAAAACAGUUUGCCUAUAUUUCGGAACGGGUACUCAUAGAGGGUGCAUAAAUUUCACCUUGAAGCUAGCAGAGGUAUACGAAAAGCUUAAAGGAAAUAACUUUGAAAUUGUGCUGAUUUCUCUGGAUGAAAAAUAUGAGGAUUUUAAAGAAAGCUUUGAAGCAAUGCCAUGGUUGGCUUUACCUUUCAAAGACAAGAACUGUGAGAGACUUAUUCAGUACUUUGAGCAUAAAUUCCUACCACAGCUUGUCGUAUUAAGUCCAGAUGGGAAGACUCUGCAGCAAAAUGCAGUUAAAUUUGUCGAAGAAUAUGGAGAUGAAGCAUUUCCUUUCACACAAGAAAAGCUUGUAACUUUGGCUAAUCUAAAGAAGAAGAAACUAGAAGCACAAACAUUAGAGUCCAUUCUUGUUACUGCAGAUCGAGAUUUUGUCAUUUCAAAUGGCGGUUUAAAGGUUCCUGUACACAAACUGGUAGGGAACAACAUUGUACUGUAUUUUGCAGCAAGUUGGAGUCUCCCAAGUCGAGAAUUUCAACCCAAACUCGUAACUGCAUACCAUGAAAUAAAGAAGAAAGACGGAACAUUUGAAGUGAUUUUCAUCUCUAGUGAUCAAGAUGAACCUUCCUUUAAUAACAUCUUCUCAAGUAUGCCCUGGUUGGCACUUCCUUAUGACGAUGAAAGGAGGUCAUUUUUGUCGCGCAGAUUCAACAUUGUAGGCAUUCCAGUGGCCAUAGCAAUUAGUCCUAAUGGCUGCACUGUGAAUACACAAGUAAGGCAGCUGUUAGAGACACACGGUGCAGGAGCCUAUCCCUUCACAGAAGAACAUAUAAAGAAUUUGCAGCAACAACUCGACAAAAAUACAACGGGUUGGCCCAAGAAAGACAGAAAUGAAAUUCACAAUGAGCAUGAACUUGCACUGAUACAUCAGCAAGUGUAUCUCUGCAGUGGGUGCAAGGAGAUGGGGUACGGGUGGGCUUUCUUCUGCAAACGUUGCGAUUACGGGCUCCAUCCAAAAUGUGCUCCAAAACAAGAAGAGAUGAACUGA